GUCUGCCUGGGCACCCACCCUCACCAUGUCAAGCCGCUUCAGCGAGACUUUCCCAUUGACGCCAUGGAGGUCCAGCUCCCACCCACUGUUGCGCGAAGUGCUGGAGCUGGAGUUUGGCGUCUCGGACAUGGAGUUGGAGUUGGAGGCUGGGAGCGGCUGCUUGUCACUGCAGGAGGAACAGACCAGCAGGAUCCGGAGCCUGAUGGCCACGGAGCAGAGCCCACUGCUGGAAGCCAUCUGCCGAUGCCUGGAGGAGCAUGGCCAGCCCUCUGGGAGCGAGCUGCUGCCCAGCUUUGAGGACAGCGCCAUCCAGAACCUCACGAAGAUCCUGUGCCUGGACCCCCAGCAAGCAAAGGAGAAGGUCUUCCUGCUCAGCUUGUACGGGCUGAUGUUGCGGGAGUGCAGCGACGCAGCGGUGGUGAAGCGGUACCUGACCCGCCUCCUGGAUAUGUCACAUCAGAGCUGCAGCCAGCGGGAGGGCAUUGCAUUUGCUGUGGGCCUGGCGUCUGCCUCACACCUGGAGGUGGUGUGGGCCAUGCUGGAGCACCUGGGCCGCACCCGUUUCCUGAGGUCGGCCCUCAGGGACACCCAGCAGGAGUCAGACCCUGACCUGCGCUGGAAGUGGGUCAGCAGCACUGCCCUGCUGUGCUACGGGCAGAUGGCCACUCAUGCCAAGGAGCAGAUCCUGCCCUGGGUGGACAACAUCGUCUCCCGCAUGGUCUACUACUUCUCCAGCAGCAGCUGCGAUGAGACCCUGAAGUCCAGCUUCCUGUCGGCAGCCUCCAUGCUCACGAAAACCCUCCAGCAGGAGUACAACACACAGAACUAUAGGUUCACGCAGAUCCCAGAGCUCGUCCAGUGCCUGUUGUGCAUCCUGCAGAAGGAGCCCAACUUCCUGGCUUCCCCCUUCCGGCCAAAGAUCAUCCUGGUUGUGCUGGGGCUGAGCAAGCUGCGGCCACACCUGAAGCCGUUGGUCAAGGCCAGGGUCCUGCAGGUCUGCUUCAGCAGUGUCUUCAAGCUCCCGCCCAUGCCCACAGAGACACCGGAGGGCUGCCCUGCUCUGAUGCAGCUGGAUCCCAGCGCCAAGGUGCUGUACAAGGAGACCAUGUGCGCCCUCAGCCUGCUCCUGCGCACCUUCGUCACCGAGAACAGCAGCAUGGAUGAGGUCUGCUUCCUCCUGCAGCACACAGAGCCCUGGCUGAUGUCUGACAAGAGCCAUGAGCGCCAGCGGGCAGUGCAGUCCAUCCUCCUGUUUCUGCAGUACCUGGUGGACACUGUCAAGUUCACUGAGGAGGCCACGCCCUCGGUACUGGGUCACCAGAUCGGCCUGCUGACCCUGUUGUGGCGGGAUGAGGACAAGAUGACCUGCAGAUACUCCUACCAGUGUGUCUAUCUGCUGCUGCAGCUCACAGUCCAGCAGAAAGGGAAGACGCAGGAAGCCGUCUAUCCAAACAAGCUGAAGCAACGUGAGUCUUGGUCUCCCAGGGACUGGGAGGCGAAGCUCUACAGCAUGGCGAAAGCCUUCGAGCAGGAUCUCACGGUGGCGCAGCACACACAUCUGGUCCUGACCCUCCUGAACAGCCUCUGCAGCCACAACCACCUGCGCUGUGACCUGGCCUCCAAGCUCCUCCUCAUGAUGUUCGAGGAGGCGGGGCUCAAGGCUGAGCAGGUAGCGGAGGUCCUGCACAGCCUGUUCCAGGAGCUACCAGACAUCCCCCUGCAGGACGUCCAGCAGACCGUUCUGAAGGCCAUGACCACCCUGGGCAGCCAGCACCCCCAGGAGACAGUCGAGGUGGUGCUGUCCCUGUGCCAUCCCUCAGAGAGGAGGACCCUGCCCCUGUGGAAGGCCCUGGCCGCAGACUGCCGGCUGGCCCGCAGAGUCAUCACUCUGCUGUAUGUGAAGCUCAGACUGCGGCCCCCCUGGGACAUGACCCGCUCAAGCUGCCAGACCCAGCUCAUCUCCCUGCUGGCCCUGGGCACCAUCUAUGAGCUGCUGUACACCCAGGAGUUCAGGUCGACAAUCCGCUGGGCCUUCGCCGGCAUGCUCCUGGGCCUGCUCACUCAGCUCCACUAUCUGUUUGAGCUGGGUGCGGUGGAGGGCAUGGCUGACUACCAGGAAGACAUGCUGGACAGCAAGCCCCUCGGGCCCUGCAGGACUUGCCUGGAGGCCCUGAAGGGGCUCUUCUGGACAAGCAACUACUGGGAGGUCUUCGCCUCCAUCCAGCUGCUGAGGGGCUGGGAGCUCCUGGAGCAGCUGGACACCUAUGCAGACGGGGUGAUCCUGCUGGCCAGGGCCAUGGUACAGCACGACUGUGAGGUGAAGGCCGUCUUGGGCCAGGCUGUCAUCUCCCUGAAGAGUGUGGAGGAGCGAGACAACGUGGUAGCCAUCCUGCUCCUCACAGAGUUCCUCAACAGCCCUGAGGUCUUCCAGUACGCAUCUCGGAAGAAGUUGGACAACCUCCUGAGCCAGGGCCUGGGCAACUGCAACCAGCUGGUGCGGGCCAUGAGCCUCAAGGGCCUCAGCAGCGCCGCCAUGCACCCUAAGAAGGUGUCCCUGCUGAGGAACCGCAUGGCGGGGCUUCUGGACAGCUUCCUGCGGCCGGGGAGCAAGGACCUCACGGGACUGAUGGCGGUCCUACACGACAUCCUGCAGUGUCUGGGCUUGCAAGGUGUUGUCUCCGUCAGCCUCAAGCUCGCCCAGCACCUACUGUCCUUGUUCGAGAAUGAGCAGGAGGAGGUGCGUGGCGGUGCCAUCUUACUGUUCGGAGAUGUCAUCUCGAGCUGCAGCCAGAAGACCCGGCACGCGUUCAAGAACCUCGCCUUCCAGGCCGUGGUGCCCCUGCUCUUGCACCUGGUGGACCCUUGCCCCCAAGUGGCCUUGAAGUGCAAGUCCACGUUCCUGCGCUGUGCCGUCCUGCUCAAGUGGGAGUUCCGGAAGGAGCUGUUUGGCAAGCUGGCGUGGGGUCACGGGCUGGGUGCCGAAAACGAUGUCUUUGUCUAUGUGGUGGAAAGCAACUUUGGCAAGUACCACCAGUUCCUCCUGCAGGCCCUAACCUAUCUGGGGAGCCCACACAGGCCCUUAAAGCUGGCCGCCAUGAAGUUCAUUGGUGCCCUGCUACAGGACUACCUCACAGAGCUCUGCUUCUAUCUGAGGAAGGGUGACCUGUCAAUCGUCAAGAAAUACUUCGAGCCCCUGAGGGAGGACAGAGACUUGGCGUGCCGCAGGUUCUACCGGAAUUUCCUGGAGGACGUCACGGAGCUGGCCCGCAACGUGCCCUGAGCCAGCCCUCGGCUCGCGGGGUGUGCAAUGGGCGAAUGCUUUUUUACCAAAUUCUAUUAAAUGUGACAGAGUUCGCACUGG